AUGGAGGAUCUCGACCGCAUGCCCUCGAUCAACAGCAACCAGGACAUCCAUGCCCAGCUGCAGGCCGCCGCCACGCCCCUCGAGUUCCAGGCCACGCUCGAGACCAAAUUUGCCAGCUACGACAGCUACUGCAACCUCUUCCACUACAUCCUCAAUUCAGAGGGGCCUGUUGACCUCGAGGUGCCCAAUUACUACUGGGCCUGGGAUGUCAUCGACGAGUUCAUCUACCAGUUCAACAGCUUCUGCAGCUACCGCCAGCGCGUCGCCCAAAAGAACGAAAACGAGGAGGAGAUUGCGCUCCUGCGCGAGAACCCAAACACAUGGGGCUGCUACAGCGUCCUCAACGUCCUCUACUCGCUCAUCCAGCGGUCACAGAUCAGCGAGCAGCUCGGUGCCAUGAAGCGUGGCGAGGACGCCAGUCUCUACGCAGGAGAGUACGGCAACCGUCCGCUGUAUAAGAUGUUGGGCUACUUCUCCAUCAUUGGUCUGCUCCGCGUCCACUGCCUCCUCGGAGACUUCAGCCUCGCGCUCAAGACGCUCGACGACAUUGAGCUCAACAAGAAGGCCAUGUUCGCGCGCGUCAUGGCUGCCCACUUCACAACCUACUACUAUGUAGGAUUCUCCUACAUGAUGAUGCGCCGGUACUCAGACGCCAUCCGCAUGUUCAGCCACAUCUUGGUCUACGUCUCACGGACAAAGAACUUCCAGAAGAAUGCGCAGUACGACUCCAUUACUAAGAAGAAUGAUCAAAUGUACGCACUCAUCGCCAUCUGCGUUGCUUUCCAGCCCACAAGGCUCGAUGACACCAUUCACACUGCUCUCCGCGAGAAGUACGGCGAGCAGUUCAACAGGCUGCAGCGCGGUGGACCUGAAGCCCUGCCCCUCUUCGAGGAGCUGUUCCGCACCGCAUGCCCCAAGUUCAUCAGUCCGACUCCCCCCGACUUUGACAACCCAGAGGUCAACAUUGACCCGGUUGAGCACCACCUCCGCAUUUUCAUGGACGAAGUCAAGAACAACAUGAUGUCACCCACUGUCAAGAGCUACCUCAAGCUCUACACUACUAUGGACUUGAAGAAGUUGGCCGGCUUCCUUGAGGUCGAGCCCGAGAAGCUAAGAUGCUGGUUGCUCGUCAACAAGCAGAGGAACAGGCAGAUCAGGUGGACCGAGGGUGGACUGUUGGAUGGUGACAUCGUCAACAGCGGCGACUUGGACUACGCUAUGGAAGGAGACCUUAUCCACGUAUCAGAGGCAAAGGUCGGCAGGAGGCUGGUAGACUGGUACCUGCGUAACCUGGCUAGGACAUACUAA